AUGGCUAACAUUCCCCAUGGUGGAGUUCUUAAAGAUGCGCAUGUUCGAGAUGCUCAUAAGAAUGAAUCUUUACGAAUCGAAGCAGAAUCUUUGCCCACUAUAGUAUUGACUGAUCGUCAAUUAUGUGAUUUGGAACUUAUCAUGAAUGGGGGAUUUUCUCCCUUAGAAGGAUUUAUGAACCAAGAUGAUUAUUUAAGUGUCGUGCGCAACCUUCGGCUUAAAAAUGGGUAUCUAUGGUCAAUGCCUAUCACACUUGAUGUCUCUGAAAAUGUUAUAAAAACACUUGAUCUUGCACCAGGCAGACGUUUAGUAUUGCGUGAUUUUCGAGAUGAUUCGCCAUUAGCUAUUUUAACAAUUCAAGAUAUAUAUCGUCCAGAUAAAGUUGAAGAAGCAAUAAAUGUUUUUGGUGAUAAUGAUGAAAAACAUCCUGGCGUUAAUUAUCUUAAAUAUAAAGUCAAGGAAUAUUAUAUCGGUGGCAAUGUUGAGGCAAUUCAGCCACCAAUACAUUACGACUAUGUCGCACGCCGGUAUACACCUGCCGAACUUCGUGCUCAUUUCAAAAAACUCCACUGGAAUCGUGUUGUCGCAUUCCAAACGCGAAACCCAAUGCAUCGUGCACAUCGUGAAUUAACUGUUAGGGCUGCAAGGAUUCGACAAGCGAAUGUUCUUAUUCAUCCUGUAGUUGGCCUGACUAAACCUGGUGAUAUCGAUCAUUACACUAGAGUGCGUGUUUAUCAAGCUAUCAUGCCAAAAUACCCCAAUGGGAUGGCAACAUUAAGUUUAUUGCCAUUGGCUAUGAGAAUGGGUGGUCCGAGAGAAGCUCUUUGGCAUGCUAUUAUUAGAAAAAACUUUGGUGCUACGCAUUUCAUUAUUGGUAGAGAUCAUGCUGGUCCCGGAAAGAAUUCAGAAGGUAAAGAUUUUUAUGAACCUUAUGAAGCACAGGAUGAACUCCAAAUUGAAGUUGUUCCAUUCCAAAUGAUGACCUAUAUCCCUGAUUCUGAUGAAUAUAUGGCGAUUGAUGAAGUGCCAGAAGGUACACGAACAUUGAAUAUCUCAGGUACUGAAUUAAGAAGACGUCUGAAGACUGGCGCACAUAUUCCUGAAUGGUUUUCGUAUCCUGAAGUGGUUAAAGUACUUCAAGACACGCAUCCACCAAGGUCAAAACAAGGUUUCACAUUGUUCUUAACGGGAUAUUAUAAUUGUGGCAAAGCUGCCAUUGGUCGGGCUUUGCAAGUUGUACUCAAUGAACAAGGUGGAAGGUCAGUCACUUUGUUGUUGGGUGAAAUUGUACGUCAUGAACUUUCAUCCGAUCGCGAUCAAAAUAUUGCUCGUAUAGGUUUUGUAUCUGCAGAACUCACGAAAGCUGGUGCAGCAGUUAUUGCCGCGCCAAUUGCACCAUAUGCAGAAGCACGUAAUAACGCAAAAGCACUGGUUGAAACUUAUGGUGGCUUCUAUUUAAUUCACGUUAAUACUCCUCUAGAAUAUUGUAUUAAAACCGAUAGAAAGGGUAUUUAUAAGAAAGCACAAUCUGGCGAGAUUAAAGGGUUUACAGGUGUCGAUGAUCCUUAUGAAAAACCUACAAAUGCAGAUAUUGUUGUCGAUACGAGUAAACAAAGCGUUAGUGAAAUUUGUCAUCAAAUUGUUCUAUUGCUUGAAAAGUUAUCAAAAGUUAACAUGUUAUAUUUUAAUUUUGAAGCUUUAGUUCUAAAUAAUUUUGGAUCUAAUCCUGUAAGGUUUUUGUUUAUAACAGCUAUUAAAAUACUAGAGAAUAAUGCAGUAGUUAUCAUAUUGUAA